CUGACAGAUCUCAUACUUGGAUUGGUAUGAUUUUGUAUUUGAACGCAGCAUUCCUCCAGUCUGCAUCAACAAAGCUGGGUUAUUUUUCUGUCCCCUCAUUGUUCCCCGUUGAAGGCAGACAUCUGGUUUGCAUUAGGAGCCCCUCCACAGAGCUGCAGCUCCAGCUCCAGCAGGAGGAUUGUGUCAUUUCCUCCCCUCGGGCCAGUUGAAGCUGCCUGGUCCCUGAACGCAACACAACGCCAUCACCAUGAUCACCACAACAUGUCACCGAGCUGAGUGUCAUGGAGGCUCCUCACAGAGAGCUGGAGACCCUGUUACAGAUUCACCAGCUCUGUGCUGCUCCUCCCCACCCACCUACUGUACACGAUGCUUAUCUAAAUACAGAGAGGAAUUCAAGCUCAUCAUCGACCGAAUCGCUGUGGUGAAGUCAGAAAAUGGUGAGAAGUAUCUCGUCCUAAAGAAGCGAUACAGGCAAAUGCUGCAAGAGCGAGACGCCAAACAUCCGACGGCAGACGUGGACGGCCGGCGACACUCGAGCCCGGCCAGAGCUCCGGCCGCGGCGCGGUGGGACGCCUCGACUUCUCCUCCCCGACAGAAGGAGCAGCAGGAUGAGCCGAUGUCGUGCAGCGAACCAGACAGCGCCGCCGAGGACCUGCAGACAGGAUCAGCCCUCAUGCAGCAACAUCCUGUGGCGCCGGGCCAGGAGCCCUCAGCACCGAGCAACGAGGAGGAUGAGCUGGACAAAGAUUCAGGGUCAAAGUCCGAGUCAGAGCAAGACGAGGAGAGUACGGGCAGCAUGGGCUCCGCGGCCGUCGCUCUGGAUCCAAUAGAGAAGGAAUGGAUCUACUCUGCUGCCGGUGCUCGAGUGCCUGACCUCUCUCAGCUGCUCAGACAGGACCCCACGCUGGCUAACAAGAAGGACUUCACCUCGUUUACGGCGCUGCACUGGGCGGCUAAACACGGCAGCGAGGACAUGGCCACUCUGGUGGUGAACGCCGGUGCUGACGUCAACACCAAAUCACAUGGGGGAUACACACCUUUACACAUCGCAGCGUUACACGGUCAUCGGCAUAUUCUAGACCUGCUCGUAGGAACAUAUGGGGCCAAAGAAAACUUACGGGACUACAGCGGUCGACUCGCCCUCCACUAUCUGAACGUCAAGGAACCAGAGUGUCCGGAGGAAGACUGCGAGCUGCCCUUUCAAGUCACUCAGGCCAGAGAGCGGAACAGGAACAGGAAGCUGGCGUCGUUGUUCCACUCCAAGAAGAAGUGGGGCUCGGCGGAGGAGCUGGCUCCGAUAGAGGAGGAGAGGACGGCGACGCAUCAGCUCGUCCUUCCUGCGUUCAGACCCAGAAAAUUCUCCCGCUGAGGAGAAACAAGACGCCGCUCCGCUACACUCACGUAUAUUCACACACACGCAAUGUAAACCUACAGUUACAUGUUUAUACAAAGGAAGUGUUAACAUGUGUAUUUAUUAUGCGCACACACACAUAUUGAAGCCUGUGCUGUUAAUACCUGCGCUUACUGACACAGUCCGACGGAUGUGUUGUUGAUACGCGUGCUCUCGAUGUUCAUGCUUACCAGAGUAUUUUUCUUGAAGCCUUUAAACGUUGAUGAAUGUCGCUAAAUGUUACUUAUGCCUUAUGAUUUCAAAACGAGCUCAGGCCACAUCCUGCCUUCGUGUUAAAGAAGUGAACAACUCCGCACUGUAAAUGUGUCCAGAUGAUGAAGAUCGAUUCUCACAAUGAGGACGGAGAUAAUUAAGACUUUUGUUACCGUCAACAAAUCCAAUGAAAACACCAAAGGCAACAGCGUUGAGAGUCUUUCAACCAAACAUGUCACAAUCACAUUCCUUGAUUUAGAUAAGAUAAAUAUUUCAUUAAAACAGCCGAACACUGUAGUUUAUCGUAUUGUGUAUUUGUCGGCAGGAAAUAAUCAGCGAUGCCUCAGUUCAACACAACCGUGUGGCUCAUUGAUGAGUGUUAAAAUAGUCGUAAGACAACAGUGGAGCUCUUUUGGUUUGCUGAUUUUUCAGAUGAUUUAUGUGUUAACAAUCGUUAACAAUCAUCUGCGCUCAACACACUCAAUAAAACACCAGCUGUCAGACCAGUUUCCCUUUUUACAGAGCCGAUGAUUUAGAUUCACAUCAGCUUGGCUCUGUAGUCGAUAUGCAGAGACACUUCAUUUUGUGAAGUGUGUCAGUGGAGCGCAUACCUCAACCCAGGCACAUCAGACCCACUUUUGUUCUCGCUCACAGAUACCAGCCACCUAAAUACACCUAAUUUUAUUCAAGAUUCAUGCACUAUUUCCUGAGAAAUUAGCGGAAAAAGUCUCAGCAUGGAAGAAUCCCUGGAUUUGUCCCAAAAGUUACCAACUAUUCUGAGCCUAGAUCCAUCUUCAAUUCAAGUUCUGUGGAAAUCCGUUCACAGCUCACAGUGUUUAUUCUAUUUUUCUUUGUAGUCCUCUAAAAAAAAACAAACCCCUGCAGCCGCCCCUAAUGAUUUAGAACAAUAUAACAGUCUAAAUGAAGAAAUCUAACCAUUACAUUUAAUUAACGAUGACUGAAUUUGAUUUCUUCUUUUUUGCAAUGUAUCUGCAAGGGAAGAUUUUAAUUUAGUUUACUGCAGAUUUGUGCUGGGACCAAUUUUCAUUUUAAGUAAAAAGUUCAGGUCAUUAAAGUGUUGUUAAGAACAGUUUUCAGGUACAUUACUGUCAGGUAUUUCCAUUUACUGCUACUUUAUACCUCCUCAUUUCCUCAUUUCGUCAUUUAUUUGAUACAUUUAGUUACUAGUUACUUUGCAGAUUUUGUUUUUAGGUUGUGAUAUGUUACCAAUCAGAUAGUGUUGUCAGUGUGAUGAUGUUGCUUUAGAGCCAAGGAGGCACAUUUUUAUAAAUUAGUGAAUUUGUUUUUGCAAAAAGCUGAAUACUGACUCGAUAAUAUGAGUUCUCCUACAUUAUAUAUUGUCCAUGAACGCACCAGCAACAAACCCCAGCAAGGAACGGAGUUAUUAUGAGACAAUAACUUUGAUAGAUGGUCGGGAUAAAAUAAAACGUAGAAAAACUAUAAGUGUUAAAUGUUUGUUGUGGGUUCAUUUGCUAUUUUUUAAGCAAGAUUCAGUUUCCUGCGAGUUCAAUUUCAAACUGUUCUGAAGAUGCUCUUUGAAAAAGGGAACAAACGAGUUUAGAGAAAGUUACACGAUGUUUUGUAUAACGGUUGGCAGGAACGUGUUUAUGAUUUGUAUUUAAUGUUACAUCAGCGUGUUCCUUUAAAUUGGAGCCAUUUUCUAACGAUUUGAGUGUUUUGGGCUGCAGGUAACUUCACCACUCUGCAGCUCUGCUACUUCAUUUAAACUCUUGUGUCAAACUGGUGAUUGUACUUUAAUUUGUCGACCCUCUCGUGUGUCCCAGUGUUAAUCUUUGCAAAAGAAACUUGCACUAUUACAUUCUGAAUGAAGUGUCUUUGGUUUAAAGGGCCUUGUUGUGUUGCUCCCGGCCUCCUUUGUUGUGUGAACGAUGCUCGUUGUAACUAUUUGUUUAUCAUUUUUGCCGCCGUUUUUAAAAGCUAGUUAUGUUUUUUUUUUUUUCAACUUAACAUGUAAUCUAAGCUUUAAAAAAGGAAGAGAAAAAAAAACUGCCUCUGUUACAUCUUUUGCACAAUAUUUAUAUAAUGAAGGUAUUUUGGUAUUAAAUCUGUAUUUUAUAAAUCAAA